UUGUUAUUUUGUUCCAAUCAGGAUUUGGUCCAAAUUGUCACCUCAAGUGAGCCAUAUUAUAAUCAAGAAGGAAAAACAGCCUUAAGCGCAUUUUCUUUGACUAUUGCAUCAAAUUUCAAAGAUUAGCAUGCACUUAUUUUCUUUCUUAAUAUUCGUCGUUCUGUUAUUGUCUACUCACAGCUAUUGGGUCAUUUAACUGCUGAAUUCUGAUAACCGAAAAGUUGAAGCCACAGCUAGUUUUACAGGCAUCAUCAUAUCAAAGCAGAAGCAGGCAACGAUGAAUUGGCUUCGAUAUAGGUUGUCCAGCAACUCUGCAGUAGAACAAAAGAUUGGGGCUCUUAGCGAUAGAAUGAGUUCUCUAAUUGCUCGAGAAUCUGAUGUCCUCACGGAGCUUGAGCAUGCUGAGAUUCAGCCAGGAAAGAAGCAAAGGAAAGAGGUUCAUCAAUGGCUAACUGCUGUGCAAGGGAAAAAAUAUGAGGUUGAAAGCAGAAUGAAGGAUGGUAGUCCAGGUAAAAGAUUUUCGAAUAACUCCAAUCUCAGUGAUUGCAUAGACAGAUUGAUUGAAGAAGUUGAUGAACUUAUUCGACAAGGAAAGUUCCCAUAUGGGCUUGUGUUGCCUGAUCAAGAGAGCACAAGAUUGCCAUUAUUGGUGGGUAAAAAAAUUGUAGGAGCAAAUUUUGAACAGAAUUAUGAAAGAAUUCUAGGCUGGUUACAUAAUCACAAACACCACAUCAUCGGCGUGUAUGGAAUGGGAGGUGUAGGGAAAACUACACUCUUGUUGCAGAUACACAACAGGCUGCUGCAGGAAUCUAGCCUUUAUGGGCGUGUUUACUGGGUAACUGUCUCACAAAAUUGGAGUGUGCACAAAUUGCAAGAAGUAAUUGCCAACUUACUUGGCAUGGAAAGUUUUGAAGAGGGUGAUGCAAGGAAGAGAGCUGCUAUUUUACACAAUAGAUUAGCUGCUAAUGGCCCAACUGUUAUCAUCCUAGAUGACAUGUGGAAAUUAUUCUCAGAAGAUGAUGUUGGAAUACCCCUCGAAGCUAGUAGUUGCAAGAUUGUUCUGAGCACUCGCUCACUAGAAUUGUGUCGGAAAAUGGGAUGCAGCGACUUUGUCAUCAAGGCUAAUAUUCUCCAAGAAGACGAGGCUUGGGACUUGUUUGUUGACAAGCUCAGGCACUAUGACAUUCUCACAGUGGAAGCUAAACAAAUAGCUAGAUAUGUUGCUGAGGAGUGUUGCGGUUUACCACUUGCAAUUACUACAAUGGCUCGUAGUAUGAGUGGGAUAGUUGAUAUUCAUGAGUGGCAAAAUGCUCUAAAUGAGCUGAAAAAUGUUCGUGAGCAAACUGACAUGGAAGAUGAUGUGCUCCGAAUAUUGCAGUACAGUUAUGAUCGUCUGAAUGACAAGAUGGUCCAGAACUGCUUCUUAAGCUGCAUACUUUAUCCUGAAGAUCUGGAAAUAAAAAGAAAAACAUUGAUAGAUCUCUGGAUUGAUCAGGGACUGUUAGAUGAAAUAGAGAGCAGAAAAGAGCAAGUAGUAAAAGGACAUGCUAUCUUGAAUAGACUAGAAAACUUGUGUUUAUUGGAGUCAGUCUUUGAUCGUUUGGAUCAGAAAAUAUGUGUCAAGAUGCAUGAUUUGAUAAGAGACAUGGCAAUUAUGAUAACAAGAAAUCUUCCUUGCUUCAUGGUAAAAUCAGGACUAGAGCUAAGGGAAUUGCCAGAAGAGAAGAAGUGGAGUGAGGAUUUGAAGAACGUGUCGUUGAGUUGUAACCAAAUAGAGGAGAUACCUUGUGGCAUGGCACCUGUGACCCCGCAAAUUGCAGUUCUGAUGCUUUCUUAUAAUUAUAAACUUAAGCAAAUCCCUGAAUCAUUCUUUACGCACAUGAGAUCCCUCACUGUUCUUGAUUUGUCUCACACUCAGAUUGAGACUCUACCAGAUAGUGUUUCCAAUUUAGAAAAUCUAAGAGCACUCUUACUUGAAGGAUGUGAAGUUCUUCAAUAUGUAUCAGUAGCAAAGCUUACAAAACUGAGGGUUUUGAGGCUUCCUUCCUAUACCAAAUCAUUCAAUUAUAUUCUUAUACCACUUGAGGGGAUUGAGAGGUUGAAGCAUCUUGAGGAGCUAACCCCUAGAGUUUGGACGAUAGUAGAUGAUGUGAUUAGGUUCAAUAAACUGAUAAAUUCUUCGCAGGUGUGCGAUAUAUUUUGGGAGGAAUUUUGGCUUAAGGGAAAGUUUGGGCAUCACUCAGGGUAUUCCUCGAAUUAUGAAGAUCAUAUAUUUGAGGUUUAUAAAGAUGAUAUAUUCAUGGGUUCUGAUGAUUAUAUAUUGAAGGGUUAUGACAAGAGAGUCCGGAUUACAUCCAUGGUCUUUAACGCUGAUUGCGAGCAUCAGGAGCUACCAAUAUUACCAAGCACAAUUAAGGUGCUGGUGCUGAGAAAUAUUAGUGCCUUGAAGUAUGAAAGUCUAGGAAAUUUGUUACCCUCAUUGGCUGGAGCAAAAGAGUUGAAAAUUUUGUUGUUAAAAGAGUGUAAAGGAAUGGAGUACAUUUUAAUAUCGGAAGCAACGCAACCAGACUCCUUCAUAGUUCCCUCUCUUGACACCCUUGAGUUAUUAUGGGUGGUGAAUAUGCCUGAUCUGAGAGGUUUAACUAACUCACUAUCAGUUGCAACAUUUUCCCAUAUCAAGAAAUUAUUUAUCAGGAUGUGUCCAAAGUUGAAGGUGGUGUUUCCGUACAAGUUACUACAACAAGAGCGACCACUACUAUCAUCUAUUGAAUACCUUGAAGUCCACAACUGCGAGAAUUUAGAAGAAGUAUUUGAAGGAGAUAGCAGCAUUUGUUCAUCAUAUUCAUCAACACAAAGUGUGAUCACCACGACACUAGUACCUGAUCCAUCGAAUGCUUGCUAUUCGAAACCCAAUCCCAUCUCUGCUUUCCCUAACUUAAGGACCUUAGAGUUGGGAAAUCUACCUAAGUUGAGAAAAAUUUACAGGGACCUGCAUCUGUGUACGUCAUUGGAAAAGGUUAGUAUGUCUAAUUGUCUAGAGAUAGAAGAGUUAUUUCUAUACACCGAACCCACAUUUGCUCUUCCUAGUUUAAGGAUUCUACAACUAAAAGGGCUACCAAAGUUGAGCAGCAUAUAUAGAGGGUUACUCCUGUGCACUUCUCUACAAGUGCUCAAUGUAGAAGAUUGUUCAAAGCUGAAAAGGUUGCAGUUGUCCACCCACCUAAAUUGCGAUGCCUCACCAACUGCUUUGCUUUCACUUCCAUUGGAGUCUGAAAAACCAGAAUUGUGGGAGCUCUUACGUCGCAACUACCCUGUCGACACACGUCUUCUUUCUGAAAAAAUACGAUAUCAUCAGACAGCCGAACUGAAGAUGAAAAGAAAAUGGGGAACAGAGGGUGAGGGUUGCUAAAUCACUCACAGUUGGAGUCUACUUUGCUAUGUAACAUAUAUAUGGUUUGGAAUAUUUUCUGUCACUAUGUUACUUGUUAGUAUUGGAAUUUGGAGGCCUCAAAACUGUAUUAUUUAGUUGUUUGGUACCUAUCACCUGAGAAACACUUUAUGGUUUGAUCACUUGAUCAGUAGCAGAACCCUUUUGGAGGCCAAGAACAUUUAUAUAUUUGUCUAUUUGAUUAUGUAAAAGUUACAUUAAUUUUAAUAAUAAAAUGUACUACAAAUGGUUUUUUCUUA